UUUAUAUGUUUAAUAAGUGUAAUAAUAUGAAAAAUAUCAUCAAAUCAGAAAAUUUGAGGGACUCUAACUGUAUAAAACAGGAGUUUAAACCGAUUUACUAUGACGAUUGACGACACAACCACUAAACAAGUCGAAAGAAGAAGGAACCAAAACUCACUGAGCAGAGCACGCGGCACUGCGGCAGCGCGAAAACCCUAAAAGUAGCCAUUUCUUCCUCCGUACUGUCUUCCUCGCCUUUCCCACACUUCAUUCGCGGUCUCCAGUUCCGUUCAUCGCAACCCUAGUCCGCGUCAGCAAUGGCGUCCAUGAUGCAACCGCAGAUCAUACUCUUGAAAGAAGGCACGGACACUUCCCAAGGGAAGGCGCAGCUCGUCAGCAACAUCAACGCAUGUACCGCGGUCGCCGAUGUAGUCAGGACGACCCUCGGCCCCAGAGGGAUGGACAAGCUGAUCCACGAUGCCAAUGGGAGCGUCACCAUCUCGAACGAUGGAGCUACUAUCAUGAAGCUGCUUGAUAUCGUCCAUCCUGCUGCUAAGAUCCUCGUAGACAUCGCCAAGUCCCAGGAUUCCGAGGUUGGUGAUGGGACCACAACAGUAGUUCUUUUGGCCGCAGAAUUUUUAAGGGAGGCCAAACCUUUUAUCGAAGAUGGAGUCCACCCACAAAAUCUGAUACGUAGUUAUAGAAUUGCCUGCAAUUUGGCCAUCGACAAGGUCAAAGGUUUAGCGACCAGCAUAGAAGGGAAGAGUCUGGAAGAAAAGAAAAGCUUACUUUCCAAAUGCGCACAAACAACACUGAAUUCGAAGCUCAUAGGUGGAGAGAAAGAAUUCUUUGCAACGAUGGUUGUGAAUGCUGUCAUUGCAAUUGGAACUGAUGAUAGGCUAAAUAUGAUUGGAAUUAAGAAGGUUCCAGGUGGUAAUAUGCGCGACUCAUUUCUAGUUGAUGGUGUUGCAUUUAAGAAGACAUUUUCUUAUGCUGGUUUUGAACAGCAACCAAAGAAGUUUCUGAAUCCAAAGAUCUUGUUACUCAACAUUGAAUUGGAGCUGAAAUCGGAGAAAGAAAAUGCAGAGAUAAGGCUCUCAGAUCCAUCACAGUAUCAGUCGAUUGUUGAUGCGGAGUGGAAUAUCAUAUAUGAAAAAUUGGAUAAAUGUGUACAAAGUGGUGCCAAAGUUGUCCUCUCACGUUUAGCUAUUGGUGAUCUAGCAACACAGUACUUCGCCGACCGGGAUAUCUUCUGUGCUGGACGUGUAGCUGAAGAGGAUCUUCAGAGGGUUGCUGCAGCCACUGGUGGAACUGUACAAACUACCGUCAACAAUGUGAUUGAUGAGGUUCUAGGGACUUGUGAGGUGUUCGAAGAAAAGCAAGUUGGAAAUGAGCGAUUUAAUAUAUUCAGUGGAUGUCCUUCCGGAAGAACCGCAACAAUAGUUCUGCGUGGUGGUGCUGAUCAGUUCAUUGAGGAAGCUGAAAGGAGUUUACAUGAUGCAAUCAUGAUAGUACGAAGGGCUCUGAAGAACUCAACAGUGGUGGCUGGUGGUGGUGCUAUAGAUAUGGAGAUAAGCCGCUACCUGAGGCAGCAUGCUCGAAGCAUUUCUGGGAAGUCCCAGCUUUUCAUAAACUCAUAUGCCAAAGCUCUGGAGAUUAUCCCUCGACAACUUUGCGACAACGCGGGGUUUGACGCUACUGAUGUGCUGAACAAGUUGAGACAGAAGCAUGCCCAUGCAUCUGGUGAGGGCGCUCCUUAUGGGGUGGACAUCAACACUGGCGGCAUUGCUGACUCAUUUGCAAACUUUGUCUGGGAGCCAGCUAUUAAUGCUAUUAAUGCUGCUACCGAGGCUGCUUGUCUUGUUCUAAGUGUCGAUGAGACUGUCAAGAACCCAAAGUCUGAGAGUGCUCAAGGAGAUGCUGCUAUGAUGGGUGGUCGAGGCCGUGGAGGAGCUAUGCGAGGAGGUAGGGGAAGGGGAAUGAGAAGGCGAUGAUUAGCUUGCAAUUCACUGCAGGAGUAUCCCAGAUGGAUUUUGUUCCUUGUUUUCCUUUCUUUUUGUUGUGUACUAGUUUCUUCAUCCAUUAGCAGCAGGCUUCCAGUUUGUAUCAUUGUGCUAGGGAUUAACAUACCAUAAACCUAAGUGGCUGCAUCGCCAGCUUGUUUUCUUCACCUUUUCUGCCAGAUUUGAUGUCACCUGAUUUUUGCUUCUGAUGUAUUCUGAACUGACUCAAGUUUACUGAUUUGAAGUUUUGGCGUUGUCCAGUAUUCAAGUGUUAGCAGUAGUCCUUUUUUGGUCACGAGCUUUGCUUUAACUGAUUCGUCUUUUAACCUUGAUCAUAUGAUCGAUGAUGUGCAUAAUCAGUAGGCAGCAACAUAUCU